UCUCUCUUGCUUAAGGCUACAUCAAGGAACAACAAAAACCUACCCUUUCUAUCUCUCUCUCUCUCUCUUUCUUCUCGCAGAAUGGCAGCCCCGAAACAAGUACGUCCAACUCCCUCCUCCUCCCCUCCCCACAUACACCCAAAGAAAAAAAUGAACCCACACAACAGACUAACACGACACGCUCGCAAAAAGGACUACCCAGCCGGCGGCGCACCCCCCGCCUACCCCUCCCCCGUCCACCACGACGCAGGCCCCUACGCCUCCCCACCCCCUCAAAACAACUACUACGGCUCCCCCGCACCUCCCCAGCAGCAGCAGCAGCAGCAAGUAGGCUACUACAGCCAAGGCCCCCCUCCGCCCGCCGGCAGCGAGUACUACGGCAGCAGCAACGGCACGCCGAAUCCGUACGCGCAGGGCUACGGGCCGCCGCAGGGAGCACAGUACGGGUACCCGCCCCAACAGCAGCAGCAGCAAGGAAUGUAUUAUCAGCAGGGUCCCCCGCCGCCGGGAGGCUACUACGCGAAUGAUCGCGGUAGAGGCGGUGGUGGGGGUGGCGGGUUGCUGGCUGGGUUGAUGGCUGGGUUGGCUUGCUGUUGUUGUUUGGAUUGUAUUUUUUAAGAAAGGGAAAUAUGGAACGAUGAGGGAGGAACUGUCGUGGGGACAGUGUAUAGGGGUUCUCUCUUCUUUUUUUGCUUUUUUUUUCUUUCUUU